AUGAACGCAACGCAUAAUGAUAAUCAAGGUUCUGAUUCGGAUCGUGAAUAUGAUUUUGUUGCUACUGAAUCAGAUGAUACAUCUGAUAGUGAACAUAUAUCAGAAGAUUUUGAUUCAUCAAAUUCCGAUAUUGAACAAGGUGAUGUUGUUACAAUUAGUGAACCAGAAACAUUACAAAAGGCUGGCACUACAUGGUCUAUGCACUCAAACUUAGUNAUUUUCCCCGUACUCCCCCUCAGCUCUUUUUCAUAA